GUGAAACUUUGCCCACAGGUUCUCAAAUCAGGAAAGGAAAUAGAAUCCAGCCACUGAAGGCUGCAUAAUGCCCUUUCCUGGAUCUCUCCACAGGUCUGGCUGGCUGUGGGGCACUGCACCACUACAGGAGUGGUAGAAGAAGAGAAACUUCCCCGCUCUCUCCUGUCCGGUCCUACUUGGUUUUCAACUUCUGUAGAACUGAUACAACUGAGCUGAAGAGCCUCUCCUGGAAGUGCACACAGCCGACUAAAACAAGUUAACUCCAGAUCCUGGGUCAGAGAGUCCUACGAGCAUCAUGAGCCGUGUUCGGGAUGCAGGCUGUGUAGCUGCAGGAAUAGUGAUUGGAGCUAGUGCCUGGUACUGUGUAUACAAAUAUGCCGGGGGAAGAAACCAAACGAAGAAAAGACUGGCCAAACCCAAAACCAGGGCUCUGGCUGGGACUGGAGCCAGAGCUAGGGCUAGACUCAAAGCUGGUUUUACAAUUGAUCUUGGGCCAGGAGUUGGACCUCCCACCCCAGUCUAUGCUGGGACAGAGAAUAAGUCACAAGAUGACCCUUCCGCUCUGGAGCCUCCUGGACCUGAGGCUACGGCCUCAGCUAUAAGCAGUGCUGAGGUUCAGAGUACAGCAGGAAAUCAGGUCCAAGAGGCAGAAGGAGCCAAGGUUGAGCCUAAGGCUGAAUCAGUAGUGGAAACUGCAGAGGCUUCUACAAUGACACAAUUUCCUUGGGAGAUAGAGAUUCCCACAGCUUCAGAGGCUCCCAAAGUAACAGGAAACCCCAAAUUGGCAGACAUGCCUAACACAGCAGAGGCUUGUGGGACUCCCGGGGCAAUAGUGCCUAAUGAAGUAGGUGAAAGUACCAAGGCAGUGGAGACUCCUGUACAGGCCACGUCUCCUGCGGCAGCAGCACCUACUGGGGCUACAGAAGCUCCUGCGACUUCAGGAUCUCCUAAGUCAGCAGCAGCCUCCAAAAAAUCUCCUGGGGCUCAUACUGGGGCUAUACCUAAAGCUGGGUCAACUACUGGAGCUGUACCAAAAGGUGCGGCCAAAGGUGGCAACAAGUCUCGGACUGGGAAGGGCAAGGGCAGGAAAACCAAGAAUGAAGUAGAUGAAUUGAGCCUUGGGUUUCGCCCUGGGGAUGGAGCUGCUGUAGCUGCAGCAGCCUCUGCUAAUGGGGGACAGGCUUUUUUGGCAGAAAUCCCUGAUUCUGAGGAAGGGGAAUCUGGGUGGACUGACACAGAGUCAGACUCGGACUCUGAACCUGAAACCCAGCAAAGAGGAAAGGGGAAAAGGCCAGUUCCCAUGCAGAAGCGUCCCUUUCCUUAUGAAAUCGAUGAGAUUCUGGGGGUGCGAGAUCUCAGGAAAGUCCUUACUUUGCUUCAGAAAUCAGAUGAUCCUUUCAUCCAACAGGUAGCUUUGCUCACUCUGAGCAACAAUGCCAAUUACACAUGCAACCAAGAUACUAUUCGCAAAUUGGGAGGCCUCCCCAUUAUUGCCAACAUGAUCAAUAAAUCUGAUCCCCACAUUAAGGAAAAAGCCUUAAUGGCCAUGAAUAACUUGAGUGAGAAUUAUGAAAAUCAGGGUCGGCUUCAGGUCUACAUGAAUAAAGUGAUGGAUGAUAUCAUGGCUUCUAACCUGAACUCAGCAGUACAGGUAGUUGGAUUGAAAUUUUUAACCAACAUGACUAUUACUAAUGAUUAUCAGCACCUGCUUGUUAAUUCCAUUGCAAAUUUCUUCCGUUUGCUAUCACAAGGAGGUGGAAAAAUCAAGGUUGAGAUUUUGAAAAUCCUUUCGAAUUUUGCUGAAAAUCCAGAUAUGUUAAAAAAACUGCUCAGUACGCAAGUACCAGCAUCAUUUAGUUCCCUCUAUAAUUCUUAUGUGGAAUCAGAAAUUCUUAUUAAUGCUCUUACCCUAUUUGAAAUCAUCUAUGACAAUCUCCGAGCAGAAGUAUUCAACUAUAGAGAAUUCAACAAAGGUUCCCUUUUUUACUUAUGCACUACAUCUGGAGUGUGUGUUAAGAAAAUUAGAGCCUUAGCAGAUCACCAUGACCUCCUGGUGAAAGUCAAAGUAAUAAAACUGGUGGACAAAUUCUGAUUAGCUAUGUGCUCUUUAUGGAUUUAAAGGAAUGUCAUCAUUUUGCUGUCUGGAAGCAAGGAAAAUGAAAAUGUUCUGCUUUUCCCCUUGUUUUCUUCUUAAAGGGAUCCUUGCAACUGUAGCUUUGAGUAAAAAUGAUGUUUUCUGUGACAUUAUCCUGCUUUAAGCUCAACCAUUUUUUAUGAUACCAAAUAAAUAGUCCUCUCAUACUGAAAACACAUUUGUAACUUUCGUCAUGCUGCUGGGUGGAAAUGUUUGUGCUGAUUCUUGUAUGUGAAUUGACAGUGAAUAUGUCCAUCAUGAAAAGUAACAAUUCUAUCGUUUGUGUUGACUUGAAUUUAUCCACCAAAGACUUAAUAUGUGUAUGUAUCAAUAAAGUUUUCUUUCAGCUGAAAAAA